GAACUUCUUUUCGGCUCCGCGACGGCGUCGCACCAAGUUGAAGGCGCAGUGAACGAAACCGGUCGCACACCCAGUGUCUGGGACGAGAUUUGCGGUACUUCUUCGUUCCCGAACUGUGCUAACGUGGCCGACGACUUCUUCCACCGCUACAAGGACGACAUCAACACGAUGAAGGGCGACGGGUACGGCUCCAUGCGCUUCUCCAUCUCGCGGUCGCGCGCCAUGAACUGGAACAGCACGCUCCAGCGCAUGCAGCCCAACCCGGAAGGGCUCGCCUUCUACCACUCGCUGGUGGAUGAGCUGGUCGACAACGGCAUCGAGCCCGUGCUGACGCUCUUCCACUGGGAUAUGCCCAUCGAGCUGUACUCGGCCGGAGACUUCCUGAACGCCACCAUCAUCGACCACUUCACGGACUACGCGCAGCUGAUCUUCUCGGAGUUUGGGCAGAAGGUCAAGUACUGGUCCACCAUCAACGAGCCGCUCUCACAUGUACAUCUUCUACAUAUACGCGGGGACAGACAGCGAUGA